AUGGUAUAUUCUGACCCCUUUGUACAUUUAAGUGUAACUGAUUCACAUAUUAACUAUAAUCUUCCUAGAAUGCGUGGGAAUGAGACUCCAUCAGAUUGGAAGGAUCGAAUUUGGGACAUAUUAAUGGAAUAUAGAAAAAAUCAUCUUUUGACUAAUUCUAAUAAGAGAUAUUUUAUCGCUAGAAAACAAACAUAUUUAUUAUAUCAGUAUGAUGUUUGGUUUAGAAUAAAUAUAGGAAUAUAUUAUUCUUGUAAUCAGCUCGUCUAUUCCAAAUUAGGAAGUGGGUAUGAGUAUUUCCAUGCAUUCUUUAUGGAUAAGCAUUGGCGUACAAAUUGUACUGAAAAUGAAUAUUGUGAUAUGAGCUUCGAAGACUAUAUGAAGCUGAAAAAUAAUCCUUCACCUUGCUAUUUCACAAAGAAAGCAAUUCGUCGAUAUGAGAUGUGGUUGGAAAAUGUAUCAAAUAGGAUUCGACGUAUCAGGCAAAAGCAUAAGGUGCAAAGUAAUGUAGCAAGUCUCACUAUAUUUAUAACCAUCCAUAUGAACAAUACUUUCUCAACUCCUCCUUUUCUGAAAAAACCUGUCCAACAUCAGAGAUACGAUUUCCAAAGGGAAUCUUGGAUGGAUAAGCCACGUUCUUUGACCUCUCCUCCUUUGCCACCAAAGCCUGUUGCAUUAAUGAGUGGCUUCGAGAGAUACACUAUGCGACGUAGUGCAAGUGCACUAGAGAUUUCAGCCUAUAGAUUUGAAAGAAGCCAGGUCUUGAUUGAUGCUGAAGCAUAUUUUGAUUCCGUGCGGGAGAUAGACUUAAUAUCUUUUAACUGA